ACCCACGUUAUCUUGCGUGUCGUUUCAUUCUCGACUGUCUCUCUCUCAAGAGAUUCUGUGUUGUUCUUGCAAACUAUUCCUCUUCCAUCCUGUUUUGCCCGCACUCUCUUUUUGUUUCUUUCCGUUUUUGGUCUUCUGCUAUUCGAUCCCCGGCCCUUUUGUCCUGCAAUCAUGGCAUCGCAGGACAAGGGCCGUCCAUUGCCAAAGUUCGGUGAAUGGGAUGUAAAUAAUCCUGCAUCUGCAGAAGGAUUUACAGUCAUAUUUAACAAGGCUAGAAAUGAGAAGAAGACCACUGGAACUGCUGCCAAUAAGGUUCCUCAACAAAUAAGUGAACCUGUCUUCAACAAUGAAAGUUACCCUCAGUAUCCUCCACCCAAGAAGAGGUGGUUUUGCUGUGGUUGAAGCCACAGUGGUUUCAGGAUCUUGAAGUUGUGUAAUCUAUUAUAGCGAAGACAUAAAAUUUUGCAGCCUUAUCCAACCGCGGAACUCUGACUCCACAAAGUUGUUGCACCAACAAAUGACUCAUACUAUUCUUUUUCCCUUUUCACUUUGGAACGUUAUAUAAUUAUUUACAUCACAUGGUACUCAGUUUAUUUGCAAUGUUAUACAGGAUGGAAAAGGCAAAUUACAUUUUCAAAAUCA